AUGCCUGGGCUGCUCCUCAAAGGCUAUGACAACAUCGCCCCCCACCCGCACGUUUGGCUCGUCACUCGUCACUCACCACCCAUCGCCUAUCCGGCUUCCGACUACGCCCAUCUCCUCACCUCGCCGCCACCCCCAACAAUCCAUCCCGCCCAUCUCGACACCAACUCUCUCUCUUUCGCAUGGCCUCACGCCUCGCACUUUGUCCAUAGAGCGGCUCUGGCCUUCACCACACAAUCACGAACCAUGCCCUCGACCUGUCCGUCCGCCGGCGCGGUGACGGCCGCCCUGCUCUGGUCCCUAUUCGCUCUCCCCGGCCACGCCCAGCUGCACCCUCAGCAACCCGCCGACAUUCUCCUGCCACCAGGGCCCAGCCUGCCCAGCAGCCCCGAGGCGCCGCAGCCCGCCGAGCACGUCUUCAGCCUCCGACACAUCUUCCACCAUGGCACCAACAUGCACCCGGCGCUGCACCGGAGGCGCGACGUGUCCCACGACGACGCCAAUGUCUUCCUCGCCGCCGAGGACGGCUUUGCCCGCCACACCCUGCCCAAGCUCAGGGCCCGCAGCCGCGUCGAUACCAUAGAGCGGCUCCGUGACAGGCGGCCGUUUGUCGUCGAUCCUCUAGUCACCCAGUCGCGCCGCCAGGGCAUCAUGGCCGCCCUGGAUGCCGAGGCCUGGACCAUGGACCAGGUCCUGUCCCCCGACAUCACCGACAAGGAAAGCGUACUGGCCCUGGCAUACAUGACCGCCGACGCCUACGUCGAGGAUGAGUCCAAGCCCGACUGGGAGGAAAUUGGCGCUCCCUUUAACAAGUCGCUCGACUUUGGCUGGGAAAGCGACGGCCUUCGCGGUCACAUUUUUGCCGACGAAAACAACUCGACUAUCGUCAUCGGCCUCAAGGGCACCACCGCCGCCGUCUUUGACGGUGACGGGACCACGUCCAACGACAAGACAAACGAUAAUUUAUACUUUAGCUGCUGCUGUGCCCAGCAGGGUCAGUGGACCUGGCACCAGGUCUGCGACUGUGCCUCGGGAACCUAUCAGUGCAACAACACUUGCGUCACUCAGGCUCUGUGGGAGGAGAAUCGAUAUUACACCGCCGUGAAGGAGCUCUACCACAAUGUCACCGACAUAUACCCCAAGUCGCAGAUCUGGCUAACCGGGCACUCCCUUGGCGGCGGCAUGACGUCUCUCCUUGGUCUCACUUAUGGUCUUCCCGCCGUUACCUUUGAGGCCGUGCCCGACGCGCUCGCCGCAUCGCGCCUCGGCCUGCCCAUGCCGCCCGGCGCCCAUGCCAAGACGCCUCAGGUACGCGAGUACACGGGCACCUACCACUUUGGACACACGGCCGAUCCCGUCUACAUGGGCAGCUGCAACGGCGCGACGGCGUCGUGCUCGUUUGCCGGCUACGCCCUCGAGACGCAGUGCCACACGGGCUACGAGUGCGUCUAUGAUGUCGUCGCCGAUAAGGGCUGGCGCGUCGGCAUCGGCACGCACAAGAUUCGCAACGUCAUUAGCGAUGUCCUGCUCAAGUACGACGGCGUGCCCGUGUGCGCCAAGACGCCCGAGUGCCGCGACUGCGCCCAGUGGAAAAUGUACGAAAGCAACGGCACCGAGACGACGACGACGCCGUCACCGCCCACGUCGACGUCGACACGCACCAGAACCCGCACCUCGACGUGCCAGACGCCCGGCUGGUGGGGCUGCCUCGACGAGACGACGACAACGGAUGGCCCGACAUCGCCGCCGACGACGACGACGACUACGUCGACGUGCAAGACGCCCGGCUGGUUCGGGUGCAACGACAAGACUGCCACGACGGAGCCCACCACUACAAGCUGCGAGUCCCCGGGUAGAUUCUGGGGCUGCAACGAUGCCACAGAGACUUCCUCUGUCGCCACGACCACGCCGACAAUGAUCAUCACCACCCCUCCGGUGACUUCCACCCCUACCACCACGUCCACCACCGUUGUGCCGACAAGCACGCCGGCGCCUGACAAGGGCAAAUGCCUCCAUCGCAGCUGGCUGGGCACCUGCAAAGAGUGGGAGCACGACGAACCAGCCGUGACCCCUAGUAAGGGCCAGUGCCUUCGUCGUAGCUGGCUCGGCAUCUGCCAGGAGUGGGAACAUGAUCCAUCCGCCCGUCCCAACGAGCCCAUUGAGUUGUAA